AAUAUGAUAAAGCACUCGGAUAGCCUAGACUCUUGGAUAAAAGGAGUGGCUAUUGCAACAAGUAAUGACCCUCUAGAAUACCCUAAUUUUGAGUUUUCAUCCAAGGAGUUUGACAAUGUUCCUACUGUCAUUCCAAGAUUUUUAUUUCAUAUAAACCACCAGCUUAAGUCAGUUUGUGAAUAUAUUAAAGACAGAGAUUCUGAGGAGAGAACUGCUGCCCUCCGAGCUAAUGUGGAACAAAGGUUUGCCGAGACAGAUAAAACCUUCAGCCAAUUUAUCUCUCAAGAUAUCUCUAAAAUCCAAGAGAAGAUAGAGAAAAAUUGUAGCUCAAUUGAUCAGUUAGUAACGAAAGCUGAGCAAUUGAAUCAAGAGAUACAAUCAUUAGGAGCUUUAGACUUCAAAAAGAUGCUUAGUGGCAUAGGAACAAUGGCAAUCUCAAAUAAAAAGUCCCCUCGAAAAUUGAUGGCUCCUUCAGGAACGAAAGCUAAACCAUCUACUCAAAGAAAGGACCGUAGAAGGAAAUCCACAGUUAAGCAUAUCGAACAUGCAGAUUUGUCAACUUUACUUCCAAAAAGCGAGACAUAUGUCCACAAUGGAGGCUUCAAAUCUCAGAAAAAUCUUGGAACAAUUGAAGAUGACGAAAGUAACGAAGAUAGUUCCAAAGGAAUUAGAAAUAAUGAAAGAAAUCCCAGCAAUAGGUCAGGAAGUCUACCUUCUUUUUCUAAUGUAACAAAUUUGAAUGUGGAAUAUCACAAAAGAGGCGAAGAUAACAUACCAUACUCUGAUACAACUUCAGAUGAUGAAGAUGGAGACGAACCAAAAAUACUUUCAAUGAACAUGCUAAGAAAAGUCAUAAAAGUCAAUAUUAACAGACAUAUAAUAUGAAACGAUAUGCAAAAGAGCAAGAAUAACGAUCAAGCAUUCCUAAAAAUGUUUGACAAAAUUAGAGCAUCCAUAUCUGAUCUUGAAGCGAGGCAUGAAGAUAAAUUCAACAACGUUUCCACUGAAUCACAAGCCUUAGAAGAGAAAAUCCUGGAAACAAACCAGAAGCUAAGAACCUCCAAAGGGGAACUAAGAAGGUUGAUUAACCAUAACAUUGACAAAAUAUCGAUCCUGAAUACCAGAUCAAUAGAAGUUGAAAAGUUCAACAACACAACAAAGAAGAAAAUUGAUGAGAUAUUCGAAAAGAUAAAAGACACAAGAUCAGAAGCUCAAGAACGUGCAGAAGCAGUUGAGAGACGAGUCCUCUCUAAGUUUGACAAAUUCAAAGACAUCACAGAACAAAAGUUUAACAUUACCAAUAACGAAAUCACAAAGAUGAAGAACUUCGUCCUGGAAAUGGUCGAAAUGAUGCGACAAGAAACCGCUGAGAAGAUCGAUACCGAAGUAGCCAAAUUUACAGAAGCUUUUACUAAGAUUAAAGAUGAACUAAUCCAGAAAACUGAAAGUAUUCUAUUGAAAAACAAAAAGAGCAUCUCAAAUAUCAAAAAUAGAUCGGCUGAUUACUUUAGCAAGUAUGAUACGGCUCUUCAGUACAUUCAAAGAAGGUUUGAUAAUAUGAAUACCACCUUUGAGGACUAUCAGAAUAACUUCAUGCAGCCUACCAAGAUGAGGGAAGGCAGAAUGCAUGCAAUACAAGCUAAGCUCAAGGAGCAAGAAGAGUCCAGAGAGACUGAGUUUAAAUAUUUCAAAAUGAUCCUCCAAAAGUUGUUAAUCUCCUUUGAAAAUUCCAUCCUUAUCAGUGGAAAUGAUAAUGAGCAAAAGUCAAAAUCUGUUGUGUAUUCAAGUUUGUUUGAUGAGAACAGUAAAUUUUAUCAAAAGCAUUCAACCCCUUGACCUGACGGAGGGAAUGAAGACUCAACACCUUCUCAAAACACGAGAGAUAAAAUAAAUCGUACUGUCAUGAGUCAAAACUCCGAAUUUCUCCCUUCUCUAUCUAAAAGAGUAACUACACAAAAUUUUAAAUUUGCAAAGCAAAGAGGAGACCUUGAUACUCUUGAGAGCAACACUCCUAUACAAUCAAAACUAAAGAGACUUUCUUCAACAAACAAGCAAUUAAACGUACCCCAAACGACCUCACCAGGAGACAAGAACUUACACAAAAGGAUUCUAUUUUUAAAAGAAAUUCUCGAAAUCAACCCUCAUUUAAAAGAGAACAAAUCAAUGCUAAGAGAUCAUUUCAAUGAGCCGAUCUUCACUCCUGACAACGAAGAGAACCAAUCCCAGAAAAACUCACCGAGGAGGAACAACAAUAAAACAGUGAUAGUGUCUGAUAGCCUCAAUCUGAACUUAGAAUCUUCAGAUGUCCCAAAGACCAAAUUUAUGGCAAGCAUGCUCAAGAACAACGACAUUAAGCAUCGUAGAAAGACAAAGGCCUUGAUUAGGAAGGAAUUUGAGUUCGAUAAUGAAGCAUCAACCCCUAGCAACAAAGAAGGAGGAUCCACCAGAAGAGACAGCACUAAAAUGCAAGCCUCUGGAGAUAAUCUUAGCCCUGCAUCUCCUAUCCCAACUCUUAAAAUGAAGGUGCAGAUGGAAAAACAAGGAUCUUCACCUUUUAAAGUUGACAAACAGACUGAAUAGCC